AUGAUCACAGAUAUCUGGCCUGCAAACGAUGCACCAGGUGUGCCAAUGAAGGUCCUCACGGAAGAAGUGGAUUGGAGGCGGACCUGUACCGGUUCGGCCAAGUACUGCACAUGGACCGGUCGACCGAGACCGAUAGAUGUGGUCACUUUCCUGACGGGUUUCGAGAAGACACACCCUCUAUACCGUCAUCGAUCAGAAGACGUCUAUUACUUCGGACGUCCAAUCAUCUGUCCCGGAAAUGCGGAGCUUUACCAGGUUCCAUCAAUGCCUAUAUUAGAUCCCUCCGUCAGAAUCGAGACCGCUUCUGUCGCGGUCGAGCCUUCACGCUUGAGUCAGGUACCAUACUCUUCAGGAUCAAAUUCCCUUUACGAAUCCGAACCUACUAGAGUGUCUCGUGAUGGUAGAAGAUCGAUGGAUAAUCAUGCUGACGGAAGUCCCGCUAUCACAAUUCAAACACGGGUAGAAGAGGGCGCCAUGCUGGCUCACGACCGUGAGAGAUCUGCCCAGACCAGCCUCGGCGAGGCAAAUGGAAGUUUAUCAGAGCUGGAGCUUUGGCCUACAGCGGACGCUAGGCGCUGGAAUAUGCCAGUCGAGAAGCAAAGUAAGCAGAUUAUUGAAAGGAAGCACAAGCAUCCGCUCGGCCGCUCAACAGUUGCGCCUCGCCCAAAACGUCAGGCCCGAGUGCAUUUGCCUGAACUGCGGUACUCUGGCAUGCCGUGCACUCGCACCACCGGAGGAAGGUUCGUCGACCCGGCCGAGAUAGGCGUUUUCACUGGAAAGGAUCUCAUCAACAAGGCAAAUUUUCGCUCGGCAUUAUCGUUUCGGCCGCCAACUUUCGAAGCUACUGUAUCCCAACAGAGAAUGUCAAAUCAAUCUGGAUCGGUCGAAGAACGCUUGGGAUGCACGUUGGAGCAUUUUCUCGCAAACAGAGCCGAACAUCCUUACCGUUCCCCAAAGCCAUGUUGGUACUGCGAGAAGAAUCGCAAAGUUUGCAAAUACAAGCUAGAUCAGGCGUGGCGUUUCUACGAACGAGAAUGCGUCAAUUGCCUGAAGGAAGGGAAACACUGUAACGGCGAGCCUCCUUUCGUCUGGUCUAUACGAGCAACGGUGCCGGGAAGGAAUUGUUGGAACCACUUGACACAUGCCAUCUCUCUUACUCCAUUCAACACUCGCAAAGGACCGUGGUGGCCUGGUGGAUUAUCUCAGAAGCAAUCCCCAUCUACUGCCGAUCUGGGACGGGCUGGAAGGAGCAUACAUCCUCCCCAAGACCUGCGAUAA